AUGUACCUGAUCACCGUGUUUGGAAACCUGCUCAUCAUCCUGGCAGUCAUCUCAGAUGCCCACCUACACACCCCCAUGUACUUUUUUCUCACCAAUCUAUCCUUCGUAGACAUCUGUUUCACUUCUACCACUAUCCCAAAGAUGUUGAGGAAUGUCCAGACCCAGAGCAAAGUUAUAACCUAUGAAGCCUGCAUCACACAAAUUUAUUUUUUCCUACUGUCUGCAGUAUUGGACAUCUUCCUCCUCACAGUGAUGGCCUAUGACCGCUUUGUGGCCAUCUGUCACCCCCUGCACUACAUGGUCAUUAUGAACCCUAGGCUCUGCUUUCUGCUGGUUCUGGUGUCCUGGACCAUCAUUGUCUCCUUAUUCUUUUGUACGAGCCUAGGAGUGUACCUUAGCUCUGCUGCUACCCACAGCUCACACUCAAGUGCAACAGCCUCAGUGAUGUACACUGUGGUCACACCCAUGCUGAACCCCUUUAUCUACAGUCUGAGAAACAAAGACUUAAAGGGGGCUCUGAAAAGAUUCUUUGUGAUGGCAAGUCUAAAAAGGUUAAUUAUUCUGGAUUUGGAGAAGUGCCCAAGAUUUCAGAUCUCAAAGUCUCAGAGUCAGUAG